AUGAAAUCUACACUCAUCCUCACUGGCGCAGCGCUUGCCGCCGCUCAGUAUUUCCCCGGACAACCUUCGUGCGCUACACCUUGUCUGAGUGUGGCGAUAACCCAGGUUGGCUGUCAAUUAAAUGACAUUUCAUGCCAAUGCGGCCCCACUCAAGCCUCUAUCGGCUCUGCAGCCCUCGGUUGUCUACUUUCAGCAUGCACCAACCCGUCCGACCUUUUUGCUGCCCAGAGCGCCGGAUCCGCCGUCUGCUCGUCUUUCUCUGCAGGC